AUGGGGCGGGGCAGGGCAGGCAGACAGGACCCCAAUAGGUGUAGGCAGGAGAACGUGCUGAGGGACCAGAGGUCAGUGAAUAAUUUCCUGAUGACGGGCCCCAAGGCCUAUCUCAUCUACUCCAGCAGUGUGGCUGCUGGGGCACAGAGUGGCAUUGAGGAGUGCAAGUUCCAGUUUGCCUGGGAUCGCUGGAACUGCCCCGAGCGGGCACUGCAGCUCUCCAGCCAUGGCGGGCUGCGCAGUGCAAACCGAGAAACUGCCUUUGUCCAUGCCAUCAGCUCUGCAGGUGUCAUGUACACGCUGACCCGGAACUGCAGCCUGGGAGAUUUUGACAACUGUGGCUGUGAUGACUCCCGCAAUGGGCAGCUUGGUGGGCAAGGCUGGCUGUGGGGAGGCUGCAGCGAUAAUGUGGGCUUUGGGGAAGCCAUCUCCAAGCAGUUUGUGGAUGCCCUGGAGACUGGACAAGAUGCCAGAGCUGCUAUGAACCUGCACAACAACGAGGCAGGAAGAAAGGCUGUCAAAGGGACCAUGAAGCGGACUUGCAAAUGCCACGGUGUUUCAGGAAGUUGUACCACACAGACCUGCUGGCUGCAGCUGCCCGAGUUCCGCGAGGUGGGCACUUACCUCAAGGAGAGGUACCACAAGGCCUUGAAGGUGGACUUGCUGCAGGGGGUGGGGAACAGCGCUGCCAGCCGGGGGGCCAUUGCCGAGACCUUCAGCUCCAUCUCCAAGAAGGAGCUGGUCCAUUUAGAAGACUCUCCCGACUACUGCCUGGAGAACAAGACGCUGGGACUGCUGGGCACGGAGGGCCGCGAGUGUCUGAAGAGAGGCAAGGCGCUCAGCAAGUGGGAGAAGCGGAGCUGCCGGCGGCUGUGUGGGGACUGUGGGCUGGCGGUGGAGGAGAGACGUGCCGAGAUGGUGUCCAGCUGCAACUGCAAGUUCCAUUGGUGCUGCGCCGUGCGGUGUGAGCAGUGCCGCAAACGGGUCACCAAGUACUUCUGUGUCCGCAAAGAGAAGCGGGAGCAGAGCGGGGGUGGCGGGGCCAGCCGCAAGCUCAAGAGGAAGCUCUAACUGCCCCCUGCUCCCCCAUGGUCCUGUCUGCCCCUCCCCUCUUCUCCUUCCCUCUCGACCUCCCCUGGCACCAUUUCCUUUUCAGUUAGUUUUAUCUCAUUUCCAAGCAAGGCCCCUUCGCCCAACAUCACUGCACUGUGGGGCUUGGACAAGGCAGAAGAGUUUCUGCGAUCCCUCAGCCAUGCAGUGCAUUUCCUGGUAGUGCAAGGGCUGAGGACUUCUGGGAAGGCACUUAAGUGUUGGCAUGACCAGGUGAGAUUUGGUCCCUUCAGCCCAGGAUCACUCUAUCCAGUGACUAUAGUUUUACAGCUGAAAAAGCAUCUGCCCUCUGUAGCUCCUGCUCUUUUCAGCUCGCCUCCUCCCCAGACAAGUACAGCUCACACUGCCCCUGGCCUCCAAGCAAGUAAGAUCAACACUCAGGACAGCACAAGGCAGCUUAGAUGGCAUCACCAGACCACUCAGUGUGGUAGUCCCUAAAAAGAGGCUUCUCAUGCCAUAAAAAAAAAAAAAUAGAAUCCCUCAAAGAAAAAUGGUACCGCCUUUUAUUAAACCCUGUGCUAUAAUAAGGAAAAGGUAUGCAACUGCUUCCUGCAGUGAACCGGCUACCUGGGCAUCACCUCACAUCUUUCACAGCUUAAUUCAGCUCUCCAGUGCAGCAACAUUCCAGCUCGUUAAAUAUUUAUCCAAGGAAGGGUUACAUCACUUGCAUUUUUACAUGCUUAUUCUGAAUCUUGUAAGCCUCCAGUCCUGCCCUCUCUUCUCACCCCAGCCCCCUUGACUGAUGCCAUACCAACACUCUCACACUUGUACAGUCCACCUUUCCUCCCCAGUCUCUCCCAGAGAGGAGCUGGCAGCUGAGCCCAUUCCCCUCCCGGUGUAUUUGCUGAGCACUCACCUGUCAGCUAACUAACUACAUACUUCCUCCUAGUCCGAGAAAAAGUCAGUUACUAUUUAAUGGUGUUGUAAAUAGGAAAGUGAAGCACUUUGAAGUUUAAUUUAUUGCACAGUUACUGUGAUGUAUACAUAACAGUUCUUCCUCUACAUCUUACUGUAUAUAUUCUAUAGGCUAAGCAAGCAGCAGGAAGAUUUGGUUGAUGCAUCUCUUUUCCCUUGCCCUGGCUGAGGCAGGGAGGGAGCAGGCUGUCAGCUGCAGACCCAGGGGAAGCUCACUGCACCCUCAGUGAUCUCCUUGGGGCUAUCAACUUAUAUUCUACUUUGCUGUUUGAAGUAUCUUUAGACAGAUGAGAAGCCAGCAGAGUUAAGUUACUGGCCAUUAGACCUGUCUUGUAGCCAAUAUUUGUAAAGGAAUAGCCAAUGCAAUAAAUCAGUAGCCAAGUGCUUGCAAAAUUCUGUCGCGUCCAAAUUGCUGGGUGUUUUGUC